CUCCAUUGUUGAUGGGCUGUAUUUAUAUGUGGACUAGCGGUGGCCUGUAAUAGAUUUGUAUUUAUUGUUUAUUUUUACAGUCUUUCAUGACCAGCAGCAUGUCUCAGGCUCGAGUUACCGACUUCUUUUCGCAGAGAAAGAAAUCUGUGGUCGGACCCACGAAAGCAGCGAAGUCACGGAGCAGAGCGGUGGUCUCCUGCGGGGUCAACACCGCCGGCCCCCGGCCUGUGUCCUCCAAAAACAAACCCGCAUAUGUUUGUUCCUCGGUCCAUGAAGAGUUUGUCCGAGUUAUCGACGAGGCAGCCGGGCUGAAGGAAGGGGAGAGCGGCGAGCACACGUUCACACCCCCCAGUCCACGGACCCCCAAACGGACUUCAGCCGACGCAGAGUUUGACCUCGGGGCUGCGGUGUUUUCUGCCACCGCCGACCACAGCUCGGCCAAGAAGAGACGGCAGGCGGAGGCAGAGAGAGCCGCUAAAGCUAACAAUCCGGAGAACAGCACGAGGAGGACAGCCAGGAAGAAGCUGGUUCUCCCGCAGGACUCCCCAAAGACUGAAUCCCAGCCCCUACUCAAUGAGGUUACCCAGCAGCCCCCUGUGCUGGCUGCUUCUGUGGAACAGGACCAGGUGACCCCUCAGAGCAGCGGCAGUAUCAGCUCUCCACAGAAGAGUUUAGUCCACAGCCAGACUAGUGGAAGACAGAGCAACAAGGCUCUAAAUAAGAAGGACAUCACAACCCUCAAGUCCCGCCUUCAGAAGAUCAAGAAACAGACAGAGGCGAUCAGUACCACCACUUCUACAUCCCCCUCAGCUGCUGCAGUUCCAGAAAACCCACAGAUCCCGGUCCCGAGAGCAGUCACACCCCCAUCCUCUGACAGACAGACCCUCAAAACCACUGUAGCACGAGCCAAAGAGCUAGCAGCUAAAGCUCAGAGAAGGAAGGAGGAGAAAGAGGCUGAGGAGAGCAGACAGAGUGAGGCUCAGACCACUGACAGUGCUGAACAGCCAGCCUAUCAGCGGUACCACACCCUUGCCCAGGCCACUUCCCCCAGCCUCUCUCUGCCUUUCCAGUACAAAGUGCUGGCUGAGAUGUUCAGGAGCAUGGACACGGUGGUGGCCAUGCUUUACAACCGCUCUGAGACGGCCACCUUCAUGAAGAUCAAACAUGGCGUGCAGGACAUGAUGCACAAACGGUUUGAGGAGAGUCACAUGGGGCAGAUAAAGACGGUGUUUCCUGAAGCCUACACUUUCAGACAGGAGAAGAACAUCCCAACAUUCAACAGCAGCAUAAAGAAGGGCAGCUACCAACUCACUGUGGAGCCACUCCUUUACUCAGACCAGAAUGAAGCCCACCCUGUCCUUACAGCUUCACGUCUCUUGGAGAGAAGACACAUCUUCCACAGCAACCUGGUGUCCAUUGUCAAACAGCAUCACAAGGUGUUCCUGUCCUCUCUGGUCCCUCCGCUUUCAGUCCCAGAGGAUAAACUCACCCGCUGGCACCCACGCUUCAAUGUUGACACUGUACCAGCCAUCUCACUGAGUUCACUGCCUCAGCCACCGCACACUGAGAAACUGGUCACAGCCCAGGAGGUUCUGGACAAGGCCCGCCUACUCAUCACACCAAAGAUGGAGAGAGCUCUGGUGUCCAUGGCUCUAAAGACAGAGGAGAAAGCUACAGAAAGUAAAGACCCCCCCCUUCCUCAGACAUCCACAGAGUCCCCAACCACAUCCCUCGCUCCUCCUGCAGCUCAGACACCAGCCGCCCUGAAAGGAGUGUCCCAGUCCCUGCUGGACCGGAUUCGGGCUAAAGAGGUUCAGAAGCUGCAGGCGACUAUGACCAGAAACCCCGCCCAGGAUGAACGCCUGCUGAUGAUGUCCCGGCUAGGUGAACUGGCCAGGAUUCUCCGAACUGUUUUUGUAGCAGAGAAGAAGCCGGCUCUGAUCAUGGAGGUGGCCUGUAACAGGAUGGUGUCCAGCUACAGAUCUGCUCUGAGCACAGGUGAGAUGGAGAAACAUAUCCGUCUGCUGGCAGAGGUGGCUCCAGAUUGGCUCACCAUUCUCCCAAUCAGGAAAGACUUCUACCUGAGGUUAAACAAAACCAUGGAGCUGAGUGCAGUUCUGGAUAAACUGACCUGCAGACUGAAGGAGGAGGAGAGGCUCUGAGGCCAGUCCAAGUCCUGCUGUAGGUCCAGGUCCGGACUGUUUGUUGGUGGACUUUGCUGCUGUGUUUCUGCCAUUGUGGACACUUGAUGUUUUGUGGUGAACUCUGAACUCCAGCAUGUGAGCGGUGGUCUGCAGGCCACAUGUAACUGACGUUGGGGCUUGUUUUACUCAACAUUCUGAUGCAGAUGGACUUGUUUUUGGUUGCUUUUCCCAUCUUGAUAUGUGAUGCUGUACAGGUGUUUUUCGAGAUUAACGUUCUGCAGUGUAGGACUGACAAGUGUUUUCAUUUUUUAAACUUCACUAUUUGAUAAUCUUGAACUACAAGACUUUGUCAAAGCCCAACAGUGUCCUAAGUAUUUUUUAAUUGAUGUUUUUUUUAAUAAACAUCACUACAUACAAGUGGCAAUAACAGAGGUUCAUUGAAAUAUUUUUUUAAAAAAGAAAGUAGGCAGAGAAAGAAAACAUCUGGUUUUCGUACAGCGUUUUUUUUUUUUUUUUUUUACAUAAUCUCACGUCUGUAUGUUUCUCUCUAUUUAUAAUGUUCUGAAGGAAGUGCAAAGUUUAGAGAUGACUAUUUUAAAGGUACUUUAUCCUUCCUGUUCUAAUUUCUUUUCAGAUAUUCACAGCUUUGCUUCCACUGUUUAUCCAGACAGCGUACACAAAUGACAAAUGUGACAACUGAAUGUUUCAAAUGAUUUUCCUUAGUCAGUAUUAGUUUAAGCAAAAUCAGGCAAGCACCUGGCAAAAAUAUAAUAAUGCAAGAAACUAAUACAAUUUUAAAAAUCCUAAAGAGAAGUUGGUCAAAAAAUAAUAAUUGUAUUAUUGUCACUUUAUGGAACAGCAAUAUUUUCUGAAGCAAUUGCUGUAUUGUGAAAAUGUCAAACAGUGCCAACUCUGCUUGUGUAUUUCACUGGUUAUAUGGAAGUAAAUGUGUCCCAUAAUGUGAAAUGUAAUCAGUGCUCUUUAACAGGAGACAUUAACACAUGGUAAAUGCAUGUCGCCUCCUUCAAAGUUCUGUUCACGUGUCAGCUGUUAAAUGUUCAUCUUAUAAAAGCAUGACACAAAAAGUGCUGUUUGGCUUUGUUGCCGCCGCAUCUCUUCCACAUUUUUAGAAAGUAAAGCAUGUCUUAGUUGGAAGGACAUUUUAGAAUCCUCGAUCUUUGUCAGAGACUGAGUAAAAAUCAAGUGGAUUCUGAGGUGAGACUGGGACCCUUACAAAAAAAAAAGUUGACUGUCACUGUGUUACUAGGAGGGGCAGCAGUGUUUGCUUGUUCCAUCCAACUUUUAAAACACCACUUGAGCAACACUCCACUUCUGUUUGUUGAAUAGUUUUUUAUUUGGCUUGUUUGUUACCUAGUGGCUAACUAGCUCUUAGUCACAUGACAAACAUGUACUGCACUGAAACAGAAAUAUUUCAUCACUGUCACAAGUGGUAGCUGAGGUGUGUAAAAGAGAUGCCAUACAGUGCAAAUAAUAUAUAUGCUCAGUCAGUCUUAUACAUGAGACGUAUUCAGGCACACACAUGCAGAGUGAUCCCAACAUGCAAUAUGUUU